CAUUUCUCCUUCCUCGUUUUCUUCUUCUGUGAGAGGGGCCUCUCUCUCUCUCUCACAUCCCCUGGGAAUCAGAAUAAUUCAACCGAAUCUCUUUUGUUCUUCACCGGACCUUGUAAAUAAAUAAAAUUUAUUUAUAUUUAGAUCUAUAGUUUUUUUUUUAGGUUACUUUUUCUUAGUCUUAGCUCCAAAAUUGAAUCCCUUGUUCCAUUUUCCAUCACUCCUUUCAAUGGCUUCGGUAUCAGAAAUCAUCGCCCACGAAGAACAUCAGCUCGCCGACUCUCUUCAGGCUCUUUCCAUCGAAACCCCGAGUGAGUUGAUGGAGGAGGAGGCUAAGAGUAGCCUAGUACUUGAAGGAGGGGGGAUUGAGAUUGUAUCAAUGGAACCUAAAGUGGGUUCAGGGCUCGACAGUAGUAGAGUUGACACUGACAAUAGUCAACAUUACGGCUUUUGUGCAAUUUGUUUGAAUACUAUAGUCCUCCAGGAAACUGCUCUUGUAAAAGGUUGCGAGCACGCCUACUGGUUUGUCUUGUUAUCAGAAUCUCUCAUCUUUUAGUUUUUGUGGUUUUCCCAUUUCCCCCUGCAGAGCUUGUUUAUUAAGGUUUACUUUUCUGCUGUUGUUAGAUCAAAUUGAUUUGAAGUCUCGCCUUUCUCUGGCUUUACAAGGACUUUGCAGCCUCUAUUUUUGAAGUUGUAUAUUGUUGAAUUAUAUUUUGGAGUAUUUCUGUUGAGUUUUAAAUUUUGUUGCCAUCAGCAACACUUUUGAAUCAUUUGCUUGGCCGAUCUCGCCCCACAAUGUCACUUAUGCUUGGUUACAUAAGUUAGUCCUUGGUAUUUUGUUUAUUCUGGCCCAGAAGGUUCUACCUUACCCAGAACUGGCCUGUUGAAACUCAUGAUUAUUUUUGAAUGUGCUUUGCUUUGCAAUGGUUAUUUAAGUUUCUUGUACGCUUUUUUCUUAGCUUUUCAUCAAAAGCAAGUGGCAAUUAGUUUUUCAAUUGAAUAAUCCGGCAUUGUGUUUUUGGUUCUCAGUGUAACAUGCAUUCUACGUUGGGCAUCAUUUAAGAAGGAUACAUGUCCUCAAUGCAAACAUCCAUUUGAGUUUCUGUACGUCCAUCGCUCUCUUGAUGGAAGGUAAACAUUGUCAUUUUUGUGCUUGAAGACAUUGUUUGCUUCUUUUCAUUGUGGUGCAUCAGAGAUGGUGUGCUUAGAUUAGCAUUUUUUUGUUAUUUUUGUUUUGAAAGAUCAGCUGAAAUCAUCCCAGAAGUUUUAAUGCUGUGAUACUUGCUGGAUUGAAGUUUGGUGGCAGUUUGUGAUCCAAUCCAUUAUUGAUACUUUUUCUGCUUUUAAUGAUAUCUGUGAUGGCUGUGAAUAGUAGAUGCUGGAAGUUAAAUGUUAUUGAAAUUUGCCUUGGUCUAUGUCUUCUUCCCGUGGUCUAGGAGAAAAAUUAAGGAGGAAAGCAAUUAAGCAAAAUUACUUUUUUAGAUGCAAAACUAAUUAUCACGAAUAUAGAGCUGCUUUGGGGAUUAAUUUGUUAUUUCUAAAUCUGUUGUUAUUAUAUGUCGACAGCAUUUAUGACUAUAUGUUUGAGGAAAGUGUAUGUCUACUCCUCCGAGCCUCAUGGUUUAAGCCUCUUGAUAUGGAAGAAAAGGAAGGGUUUUACGAUGACAUGGGUUACUUUUAUGCCUAUGAAGACGAAGAAGAAGAGUACAUAGAUGAAGUUUAUUUUGGUACUAUUUCACGACGCAUUGGUAACAGGCGAUGGGGGGACAAUGGCUAUGUGCGAUCAGGAAGGCAAGAAGCGAGACCUGUUUUAUGUCCCAAUGUUUCGGAAUCAAGUGCUGGACCAUCUCGCCUGCCCAGGAAGAUUGAAGCAGCUGCCUGUAAAGAAUCAGCCUCAGUGGGCCGUAGGGCUAAGAGGGCACUGAAGCGUGAAGCCGCAGAUAAAGCAGCUGCUGCAAAACACCAAAAGCAUCUUGUAAGGUUGGGUCGCAAGUGAUCUUUGGUUGAGAAUUUAACGUAAAUGUUCGACCAGGGAAUUUUUCUUUGUUCCCGGUUUGACAACUUUGUACAGUAUUUCCCGGUUAUGUUGUGAAUUUACGACUUGGUUCAUGAUCAGAAUAAUGACAUCUAUAAAAGAUGAUAUACUGGUCAGUUAUUAAGUGGCUGACCAGUUUCUAGAACAAGUUGUAUAACUUUGAUUUUUCUAUUUAAUCCUUUUAGUUAAUGUGACUAAGCUUUUCAGUUUUAUCACCAUCUUUAAAAGGUCCUGGAUGAUGGCAGUUCGUCUGGAUAGUAUAUAAGAUGGCCAUAAGAAAUCUGAUGUAAAAAUAUGAAACUGCAAUUGUUAACAUGCCCCAGUUAUCCAAAUUGCCGCCACUGCGAC